AUGGGUCUCAGCGGCGCAACCACCACCUCUUUCGCUCACAUUCCCAACAACACCAAGCCGCAAUGGUGGAAGGAUUCGGGACUUAGGCGGAACGUGCUCCACUGCGCGGGUGUCUGUCUUUGCCCAUUCUACCUAGGAUAUGAUCAGUCCCUCCUCGCCGGUCUCCAAGCUAUCCCGGGAUGGCAGACAUACUUUGGUCGUCCCACCGGUACCUACCUCGGCAUCAUCGCUGCGAGUAUCUUCCUCCCCGCGCUCAUUGUCGCCUUUGUCGCCGACUAUCUCUGUACCGCGUUCGGUCGCAAGAAGAUCAUCUACGUCGGCUCGCUCCUCAUCGUCAUCGGUGGUGUCUUCAACGCCUUGUCCCAGUCCGGUGGCCAGUUCAUGGGAGCGCGUGUCAUUAUCGGUACCGGUGGAGCCAUCACCAAGGUUGCCGCGCCUGCGUUGCUCCAGGAGAUCGCCCACCCGCGGUACCGCGGUACCAUCGGUACCUUAUACUACUCCUUCUACUACUUUGGCUCCUUGACCGCCGCGUCCAUGUGCAUUGCCGGCCUUUACAUCAAGUCAGAGUGGACCUGGCGGCUUCCUUGCAUGAUCCAGAUCGUUGGCCCGUUCUUCGUCAUGGCCCUCCUCAUCACCGCGCCAGAAUCCCCUCGCUGGCUCGCCAAGAAGGGUCGUCACGAAGAGGCCCGCGCUGUUCUCGUCAAGCAUCACGCCAAUGGGGACGACGAGGACCCGCUCGUCGAGUGGCAGUUUGGCGAGAUGCUCUCCGCUCUUCAGGCUGAAGCCAAAGUCGGACAGGCCAGCUACAUGGACUUUUUCAAGACGCCCGGAAACCGCAAGCGCCUCUGGAUCAAUUGUCUCUUGGGUCUUGCAUCGAACUGGGUCGGGAACGGGAUCAUCACUUACUACCUUGCCCCUGUCCUCCGCACCGUCGGCAUCACCGCCCCGGACGUUAUCCUCAGUAUCAACGUCGGCUAUGCGGCGUGGAACUGGAUGUGCUCCUUUAUCGCCGGUACCAACUCGGAGCGCCUCGGUCGUCGAUUCCUCUGGCUCGCCUGCAACAUCGGUAUGGCCGUGUCGUUUGGCUUCGUCAUGGCGCUCUCGGGCAUUUUUGCGCAGACUGGCAACUCGGCUGUCGGUAUCGCCGUCGUCCCCUUCCUCUUUGUCGUCCACUUCUUCUACGACAUUGGGUACAUCACCAUGAACUACUCGUACACCGUCGAGAUCAUGUCGCCGUCAAUGCGUACCAAGGGGCUUGCGCUUUAUAUCUUCUUCAAUAACUUGGGCAAUGCCUUCAACCAAUUCGUCAAUCCUAUCGCUCUUGCCGCCUUGACCUGGAAAUACUACGCCGUCUACAUUGCCAUCGACCUCUUCAUCGCCGUCAUUGUCUACUUCUACUUCCCCGAGACCGCCAAGAUGUCGAUCGAGGAGAUCUCGAUGAUCCUCGACUACCCCCUCAAGGACGGCCGCCAGCGCGUACUCGAGGUUAUGGAGGAGCGCCGCGCUGCCGAGCAGGACGAGCUCGCCCGCACCAAGGACAUGGACGAGGAGGGCAAGUUGGAGGUGUCUCACAUUGAGGAGAGGAAGUAG